AUUAAUAGGGUGUUUUUUUUACACCGCCAUGGUUGCGGCUGUUUACGACACCGUUUUACGACACCGUACGCGCAGUUCCUCUUCGCUUCGGUUCAAGAUGGCUUCGUCGUUUUGGAAAGGUGUUGUCGGCAUCGGACUUUUCUCCUUAGCUCAUGCGGCUUUCUCAGCGGCACAACAUCGAUCAUACAUGCGACUUACAGAGAAGGAGCACGAGACGCUACCAAUUGAUAUUGUACUGCAGACUUUGUUGUCAUUUAUCAUGACCUGUUACGGUAUUGUCCACAUCGCUGGAGAGUUCAAAGACAUGGAUGCUUCCUCAGAGCUGAAAAACAAGACUUUUGACACUCUGAGGAACCACCCAUCCUUCUACCUUUUCAAUCACAGGGGUCGGGUGCUAUUCCGCACAGCAGAGGAGGAGCCCUCUUCUGUACGCAACCAACAAGCUCUGCCCAACCCCAUACGGUUACGCAAGCUGGAGCAUUUGCACUGAGACUGGCCUUUUCCUGUCUGUAACACGGUCAUUGUCAGAUAAGAUUUGUUUUUGUUAGACAGGAGGGAGAACGUGUCAGAAUUCAUCUUUCUCCUAUUUAACUUUUCUUUAUUUUUUUGUAAAUAAACUAAUAAUGCUGUCUGAACAUGCAUCUCUGUCCAUAACGUGGUUGCCACCAUAUUCAACGCUGACUGUGCCAACCCCUCAGUUUUUGUUUUUAUUAUUUCCAAGCAGACUUGUUUGUAUAUACAGUAUGUAAACGCUUUGGAGUCUUAAGAUACUGAGACAUGUACCCCUUUGAUCCCUUCUGAACUGAACUGGGAUAUUACUCUUUGUAUAUCUUUUGUAUGAAGGGAAUAACAAAGCCUGCUUUGGUUGCUGUUUCGUUCCAAACACACGUCAGCAACUGAAAACUUUGUCAACUGAAAUGAGAUUAAUCAGUGGACUCUAUUUGCUGUAUUAUUUCCAGGAAGCAUAAAUGCUCUGUACACUCUGUAUGUGAGCAAAAUGGUUUUUAAGUCACAGGAAAUGAGGUGAACACUGGGAUGGGCGAUAUUAGAGCGCUAUUAUAAUGAGACUGUGAACACUAAGGCAGACUAGACAGUACUGGUACAUUAAUCUGAGUGAAUUUUAUUUUCCUUCAUUUUAGAUUUCAUCAAUAUUCAACAGAUUGUUUUUAAUUUAAUAAAAGUCAUACUGAUUUUA